UUGCUGCUGCUGCUGUUCGUACUUGUUCGCGGACUAAAGGCAAGUCUAGUUCGAACCGCCGUCGCUCGUUGUGUGUCCGUGCAUGCACGCGAAAGCUGAAAGAGCUCGGUCUCUGCUACCAGUGAUUAAUUCGAUAAAGGUAGCCUUGGAAAGAUAAUUCCACCCAGUUGUGCGGCGUGUCCAGUGUGAUUCGAGUGCUAUUGAAAUGCCAAAGAAAUUUGGCCAAACCGCAAAUAGUUACAAAAUAGUGUAGUGAAUCAUUAAACAGAAACCCAACAGUGAGAGUGAGAAUUCGUACGAAAGUGAAUAAACGGCAUUAGUGUGCCCCCGCGUGCGUGUGUGUGUGUUUGUGCUCGAUUGUGAUUAGUUUCUGCUGUUGGAGAGCAAAUUAAGAAAAAAAAGCGUCAGGUGUGUAGUAAUUGCUCCGAUCGUCGCAUCGAAAACAGAAGAGAAAAAGCACAGACACACAAACAGUGAGUCAUGGGGAAGUUACUGAGCCUGCUGGCACGGGAUGAAUCAACCUGCUGCACACCGAAAACGUACGACGUGUUUCUCGACUUUGAAAAUGCGGCCCCGACCGACCUGGAGCGGGAGGUGUACGAGGAGGUCGACCAUGUCCUGCGCCAGUCCGAGAUCGUGCUGGACGAGAUUCAGUGUUACAAGGGCGCCGGUAAGGAAAUCCGGGAAGCGAUUGCGGACCCCUCGCCCGAAUGCCAGGAGAAGGCGUGGAACAUUGUGAUACCGCUGGUGGAGAAGCUGAAGCGCUGCUACGAACACUCCCUCGAGCUGGAACGGAUCGUGCCGAAGCUGCUGGGACAGCUGGUGGGCGGCCGGCUCAACCCAACGCAGCACCUGGAAACGCAGCAGGCACUGGUGAAGCAGCUGGCCGAGAUACUGGAGUUUGUGCUCAAAUUUGACGAAUACAAGAUGAAAACGCCUGCGAUACAGAACGAUUUCAGCUACUACAGACGCAUCGCCAGCCGGCAGCGGCUCGACCAGACGAACGAGAUGAUCAUCAGUACCGAGCUGGCGAACCGGAUGUCACUGUUCUAUGCGCACGCGACCCCAAUGCUGAAGGUGCUGAGCGAAGCGACGUCCAAGUUCGUGCAGGACAAUUCCGACAACGUCGACAACACGACCGAAACGCUCGGCACGAUGGCGAAAGUUUGCCUCCGGAUGCUCGAGAAUCCCAAACUGUUGGCACAGAUCGAGCGGGAAGAAACGCACCUGCUGCUGCUGCGAGUAAUGGUCGGUCUGGUGAUACUGUACGAUCACGUCCACCCGGUCGGUGCGUUCGCGCGGGGCGCCCACGUCGACGUGAAGGGCUGCGUCCGGUUGCUGCAGGCACAGCCGGCCGUCAAGGCGGAACCGCUGCUGAACGCGCUCCGCUACACCACGAAACACCUGAACGAGGACAACACGCCGAAAAACAUUCGAAAUCUGCUCGCAGCCUAAACAAAAACAAAAAAAAUGAAAGAAGCACGCGCCCCGCGCAUCAAACGCACCCGAGACUGCAUCAGUGAUACCAAAAGCGCAAAGAAGGAGAGGAGGGAGAAAAGCGUGCGGUUGGCCGAUUGCACGAUUCCUCCUCCCCCUGUUACUAAUACUAUCGCUAAAGCUACUACUACUACUACUACUACUAUUAUCAUAACUGUACGGAUCUUUGUUUGGCACUUCAAACGAUCCAACGGAGAACCGUAGUGAAAGGCAGGCUCGUGAAAACAGGAAAAAACACGCGUGUGUAGUCGCAAGUGCUUUUCAAGUGGGGGUAGUGAGGAAGCAUAUUUGUUUUCGGCCACUUCCAGUGUUUUGGGAAGGAGACGGUAUCCGCUUCUACUUAUACAGCAUACUUUUUUCUGCAAACACAUAAAACACACUCACAGACAACAGCAUAUUAGCCUAGAACAAACUACUUUAAUUUUUUUGAGAUUAUUUUGAGGAUUAUCUGUCUCUCUUUCUUUUUGUCCUUUCCAAACUCAUCCUAAAACUAGUGAAAUUUUAAUUAUGAAACCGAAAUCCUACUUUUUGCACCCCUUCUACUCAAGAAUUUGUUUUGUGUUUUUAGAGUGUGUUUGAAGCGAAUCUUACGCUUUUUACUGCUACUGGCGCUGUUUUGUUAGAUAUCGUGUAAGUUUUGUUUGUUUGUUUUUUGUUUAGCACCACUGCAUCACACUACGAAGUAUAAGAUGACGCGCGAAUGCUUACUUUUCGAUGCGUUAUUAGUGUUGUAGGCUAAUUCCACGCGCACGCAUUGCGGGGGGUUCUCGAUGCGUGUGUUCUGUAGGGACAGGGCAAGGAGGGAGAAGAAGCGAGCGCGCACAAUGAGAUAAACAAAGAUUACAUGUGUUUUUUUAGUUUAAUUUAAAUCGAACAAAACCGUAUGAAACUAUCUAUCCUAGGCAUUUAAGUGUAUCUUGAUAAAACUUAUAAUUAAAACGAAAGUGUGCGAAGAUGGUGGGGGGGUAGCACACCCCCAUUUACUACCGCGCACACCCUUUAUAAAUUGUAUAUGUAUGAAGAAUUGUGAGCGGGCUUGUGGGAGACGGGAAGAAUGGUAGUGUUUGAAACGGGCGGUGCAAGGUGCAAACAGUGACAGUUGAUGAUAGCAAACAAAAGAAGUAAAUAAGCGUGUAACGUGUGAUAAGAAAACAAAAAAACAACCGGAAGUGAGAAAACGGCUAGUUGCGGGCGGAAAAGCGCUCACAUCAAACUUUAGUAGGCAAGGCACAGUUCUUCUACCGGGACAUUAGCUACUUCAAACGAGGACGAAGGAAGACGAGCGACAAAAGCAGUUGAAAAGAGAGAAAAAGAGAGAGAGAGAAGGAUAGUAGGAUGCUAGAACAUUGUUUAGUUAUGAAUAGUAGAGCCCAUGGAUAGAGAAGAGAUUGUUUCAGUUCUUUUCCCAUUGAAAAGCACCACGUACACAAGACAUAUACACACACACACGACCACCACCGUUAAAACGCAUUCGAACGCAAAAGUUGUUAGAGAGAGCACAAAACCUUAUCAUGCGUGCAGUGGCGGAUGCACCAACGGUACAGCGCAAAUCUGGCAGCGCGCAUCGAGCGCGCACGAAAGACCGGUUGUGGUUAAACAUUAGUUAAUGUUUUAACUCUAUCAUUAGUAUCGUUUGUCGUAUGGCCGGAAAAAAAAACUAAAUGUCGGGUUUGUUUGUUUCAUCGUUAUCAUUCACAGCAGAAACGAACGAACGAACAAAACGCAAUGAACGAAAUCACAAUAUAUCGAAAACAAAAAUGUACACUUUACCAAUACACUGCUGGCUACCACGAAUUCAGAUGUGUUCUAUACUAUUUUACAAAGCGAGAACAGCAGCAUAUAGCUGCCCCGUGUGGCAAUUGAAUCAUGCAAACAGAACAAACAACUGAAAAUACUGAAAUAUCCAAGCAGAAGAACAAAACAAUGGAAAGUGAAUAAAAUUUGUUGUUAUCGCGUAAGUCUUUUGAGAAUCUAUAGAACAUAACACAAACACACACACACACACACAACAACAACAACAGCAAUACACAUUAAAUACUUUAAAAUUUGUAAUAGUGAUCAUAAACCUUCACCAAAUGUAUUAUCGGAAUAUAGUGUAACAGCGAACAUUAUUUAAACAAGCAAAACAAAAAAGGAACAAACAGCAUUCGAAAAGAGGCACAAAAUGAGGCGCAUAUUAAACAUUAACACGCAAAUUCGCUCUAGACAAAGGGAAAUCCAUAAAUUACAGCAACGCCACGCGCACGUUGAAUGUGUUUCCUUCUCUUUUUUAAGGAUCGAUUUCAUUUCCUAGCUAAUAUUGUCUUUGAGUUUUUCCGUUUGUACACGUUUUAACGGCGAAACGCAUUCGCUCACCCCCGGGUGGCAAUUGAUCAGCCAGAACGAAACCACGAGUACGAGUAAUUUAGCAAAAAAAAAGAAAAAUAUUUGAAUCGACCGGUAGCUGAUUCGAUCGCAAAAUUGUAUUAUCACCCCUAGAAAAGAUUAACUCGUGCGUUAACGUUAGUUUAGUUCAGAUUGGUAACCUAUUGCGAAUUAUAGACAACAACAAAAAGACUAUUCGGAUGAUUGUGUAAUUUGUUAACGGGGGUAACGGAGCGGUGUGAGAAGAACCUCCUCCCCCCCCCCCCCCCCCGGGCUAUGAAAAAUUGCCUUUUUGUAGAGAAUUUUUUUCCUGUACGACAAACACGUUUAGCAAAUUCUCGAGUACUAACAACGGUUAAAAAACAAUCAACACAAUUGCUGCUGUCGUGCGCGCGCAUUUAUCAUCCUCCCCGUCGAUAUUGGCAUUGUGUUAGUUGUUCGACAGUAAAAUCCUCGUUACUGGCUAACCCAAUUAAAGGAAAAUGGUUUGAUGCGUUUUCUCUAUUGUUAUCGUUACUACUGUAUCGCAAGAACUACCCUGUACGCCACCCGGGCAGACACUCUCUCACCACAGUGGUGGUGUGUAGCACUGUGUAUGGAGGGAGGAAAAUAAGUGCAAAACUUGACUUGAGGGCCGCCGAGCACCACGAUGUAAGCAAGACAUCUUUCCACAUUUAGUACGAAAGAAGCGUAGAUAAACGAUUGUGAAGAGAGAGGCAGGAACAGAAUGUAAUUCAAACAAUGCUAUUGUAAUCGAAAAUGGAGGAGACUUGAACAGGAAAAGUCAGUGUAACCAGUAAAACAAAGACACGAAGACGGAAGCUUAUUCAGCUAAUGCGCAAAUUGCAUCAGUGCUGAACCCAACCACACCCAACUGUGCAUCGAAAUAGUUACUAAAUACACAGAAAAGAAGACACACGAAAGCAAACACAAAUCAUCUAAGCAAAAAAGCCUCCCCCCACUAUACACAAUAGAAUAAGAGAGAAACGAACAAUAACUAACUCGCCCGGCAUACACACACAGUACGUACAGAAGGACCUUUGGUGAUGAGGAUCACGGGGAAGCUUACCACUAUAGAGAGAGAGAGAGAGAGAUAGAGAGAGAGAGAGAGAGAGAGAGAGAGAGAGAGAGAGAGAGAUGGAUGAGUGAAAAUGUGUAUGUUGAUCGAGAGCGUGUAUGCGUGUGUGUGUUUGUGUGAGCGUGUGCUGGAACUGUGACACCCCGAACGAGGAGAAGAAAAUAAAACCAAAAAUUCCAAACAAUCUA